AUGGCGCUGGCGGCGGCCUUGCGCGUCCCCUUGCGCGUCCCCUUGCGCGUCCCCUCGCGCGCCCUGCUCUUCGCGGCCGGGCGCGGGCGGCCGGCGGCCGGCGGCGGGGACGGCGCGCGGCGCUUCGCGAGCCACAAGGUGCUGGUGGAGCCGGGCCCGGCCGCAGGGGUCGCCGUGAUGAAACUCGGGAGCCCCCCAGUGAACAGCCUCAGCCUGGAGCUUCUGACAGAGUUCGUCAUCAGCCUGGAGAAGCUUGAGAAUGAUAAGAGCUUCCGGGGCGUCCUCCUCACCUCGGACUGCCCUGGCAUCUUCUCUGCCGGCCUGGACCUGACAGAAAUGUGCGGGAGAAGCCCUGCCCACUACGCCGAGUACUGGAAGGCCGUGCAGGAGCUAUGGCUGCGGCUCUACCUGUCCAACCUGGUGCUGGUUGCCGCCAUCAAUGGAGCCAGUCCCGCCGGCGGCUGUCUCAUGGCUCUCAGCUGCGACUACCGCGUCAUGGCUGACAACCCCAAGUACGUCAUGGGGCUCAACGAGACGCAGCUGGGCAUUGUUGCCCCCUUCUGGUUCAAAGACACCCUCGUGAACACCAUUGGGCACCGGGCUGCAGAGCAGGCUCUGCAGCUGGGGCUGCUCCUCCCACCGGCAGAGGCCCUCAAGGUGGGCAUGGUGGACCAAGUGGUGCCCGAAGACCAAGUGCAGAGCACAGCGCUGUCGGUGCUGGCCCGGUGGAUGGCCAUCCCAGACCACGCGCGGCAGCUGACCAAGAGCAUGAUGCGGAAGGCCACAGCAGAGCGCCUGGUGAAGCAGCGGGACGCCGACAUCCAGAACUUCGUCGGCUUCGUGUCCCGGGACUCCAUCCAGAAGUCGUUGCAGGCAUACUUACAGAAACUCCGACAGAAGGGCGGCUGAAGGCCCGGCUGCCGGGGACGGGGAGGAGGGGAGCCACUGUGCCCUGCGGCAGCUGCCCAGCCCAGGGGGUUUCAACAAGGUAUUUUCCAGUUU